GAGGAUGCCAUCUUCCAGUUGAUUUGUUCGACUCAGACGUCUUACGACACACCUGCCAGAGUGGACGAACGGGGGGGGGGUCACCAUGGAUAUGUCUAGAAUGGUCCUCAUCAACGAAAAUGGCCAUGGCACCGGAAGCACCUCUCAGGCAAUGCAAGACGCCGAGUUUGAUGAGGGGGUUUCACAGCAUUGGCCGAACCAGGCGAGCAGUGCCGGUGAGGGAGCACUGCAGGGCGGUGCUGCAAGCGAACCUGAGUUGGUUGGCGUCGACGUUGACGAUGACGACGAUGAAGACGACGAAGAGGAAGAGGUCGUCAUGAAGGAAGUGACACCUGGCGGGAAGAGAAAACAAACAUCAAAAGGUCGGGGAAAGGUGAAGGCGACGGGUAAGGAGGGUGGGACAAAUGGGAAAGGUGGCGAAAGUGGUGGGCGGGUGAACUGGAAUUUGAACGAGUCUCUAGUCCUUGUCCGCUGCAAGCAAGACCAAGAAGACUACUUUGCCAAUGUGGGUACCAACUUCGCUCGCAUGAAAACGAAGGACCAGAAAUGGGCGGACAUCGCCAAGAGGAUGGACAAGGAAGGAGUUCGACGGGACGGGGACCAGUGCAUGAAGAGGUGGGGGAAUAUAUUCGGGUGGAACAGGAAUGUUUGGGACAGGGAGAAGGAGUCGGGACUGCAGUCCUACUUCCUCAUGAGCUCGAAAACAAGAAGGGAGAAAGGAUACAAGUUCAACCUCGACCGCACUUUGUAUGACGCCAUCCACAUCAUGCAGGGGAACAAUCAGGCAGUUCACCCGCCGAAUAUCGCCGACACGGGCAACAGACAGGCACAUCAAUCCCAGCAAGGGGAGCAUAGCCAAGCGGCUGUGGACGGAGGGGAAGCUGACACUUCGGCGAGCAAAAACAAGGAGGCGAUGGAUAUGGCAGCAGGUCAUCAACGAACGGUACGCAGGGGAAGUGGAAGAACGUCAGGCAACUGGCAUUCAAGGCGGUGACCGAGGUCAUGAAAAUGCACUCCACCGUCGUUGCCGAAUCUGUGGACCGUGCAAGCAAGCGCC